AUGUUGAUAACACGUUUGCUUAGUCUCAUACCAAUAGCAGCAGCUGUAUUGGUGGAGAAUGCUUUCGUGAAUGAAUUGUUUCUCCAAAGUAUUGGGCAUUUGAAUUCCAUGUCAUUUGUCGACAAUUGUGGGAUGAUUGGGGCUAGUUCGACACUGGUCGUUCGACUCAACGUUCUGAAUGACAAUUACAUUGAUUGGCAAGUGGAGUCUCCAUUCAGAGAUUCAAAGAACACCCAUACGUUUUUGUCGGCCAAUUUCAAUGACUUAUAUGUAUACUCUCCUGAUUCCGACUAUGUAUACAUGUACAAAUCCCUGAAUGGAGUCUUGACGGCCAAAUUUCGCUUGAAUGGUUCACCAAAACAAUUGCUUCAAUUUUUCCACAACCAGGUUUUGAUCCUUGACAGUAGCGGGAUUACGUGGGUGCUUAAGGACGGAAAUGCUAUCAAAUUGCCAGUAGAUACUGCGAAAUCUCUCGCAUUCUGGCAUAUGAAUGGUCUGGGUCAACUUUAUGUUGAUUCACGCAAACGUUAUGUCAUUGAUGACAAUGGCAACAUUUCCCAAAACAUGGACGUCUCUGUUCAGGGUGAGAUUAUUGAUGGACGUGGGGUGUCACUAUUGACGAAUAAAUUAUGGUACCAUGUUGGAAAUAAGCAUAAGCUUGCGAUCGAUUCCAUUUUGGGGACGGGUGAUUAUGCUGUGGGUAUCGCUAAACUGGUUACUAAGUUCUAUGAUCAAAAAGGUAAGGUUGUUAAUGUGAUUGCGACGCAGGGUGAUGUACUGAUUGUUGAACAUCAAUUAAGUGAGUAUUUAGUUGAUUUUCGGGGCGAUAAUGCCAAAGUUUAUGAUCUCACUGAUUUCAUUUUGGAUGGCGAACCUUCAUCCAUCAAAGAGACGAUCAUCAAUUUUCCCAGCGAGGUUGAUACCAAAAAUGCGCAUUACGGAGUGUCUCUGUCGUCGUACGGUCCGGUUAUGAUUGUAUAUGAAGAAGGAAGGAUUUGUACUUACCUACUUCAAACGGGUAAAAUGAUCUUCCACUUUCAAUUGAAUUCGUCACUUGCAAGGGCAUUCAUUAUUAUAGAUAGAGCAGCCAGCAAAGCUGCACUUGAGAAGGAACAUGAUUUGCUAGAGGAUGCCUCAGGUCUGUUGUUACUAAGUAGAUGGGUGCAUCGGGUGAAGCGCCAUCUUACUGAACUCGGGGAAUUUGUUAUCUCUCAGCUUCAAAGAGGGGGUCAAGGUGCUUUUACCCCAAUUGAAUCAGGGAUGGAUAAGUUGUUGGUUUACAUAAAUUCCCAUUCAAAUCUGGUAACUGCUAUAUCUACGAUGGACGGCAAACCCGCUUGGCAUUAUACUAUAGACAGCAUGCCUGACGGUAUCUACGUGAGCAAGGGAAAUGUCAUGGUCACAUCCAGAAAUCAAAUCUGGACGUUCACCUCAGAAGGAGAACUCAUUGACCACAAUGAGUUCAAGUUUGACAAUGCACGUCAAGUAUACGACGAAGUGGUGUUUAAGCGUGGCGACAAAUAUCAAAUUUAUGGUAAUUCAACUGCAGAGUAUUACUACGUUGAUCACGAUGAAUCCGAAGUGUGGGGCGUGAAACGUGAUUCGAAAACUUGGAAAUUUGGUAUUGAAGGGCACAAAGUUCUCAAAGUCAGUGGGCAUGCUUCUGGAGCUGCCCUGGCCACAGUUGGGAUACCCACUCAUGAUCGCGGACUUCUAUACAAGUAUUUGAAUCCAAAUGUUGUUGCCGUGAUAACUGGCUGUGAGGAAGGUAUGUCUUUGUUCUUAUUAGAUGGAGUUAAUGGCCAGUUGUUGUUUACUCAAACAAACACGAAAGACAAAGUUGACUUCAACUCCGUCAAAGUUGUUGUCAAAGACAAUUUUGUCAUCUACUCAUAUGCUGUAAUCGCGCCAAAAGUUGAACAGCGGCUUGUGGUCGUUGAUCUUUUCGACUCAGAAAAGGGCUCCCUGAGAUCGGAGAAUGAACAAAUUCUGGAGUUUACUUUCGACGUUUCCCCUCAACAUUUCAGUACGAAACUGUUCAUUUAUCCUGAAAGAAUCCUUGACCUCGAGGUGACCACUACGAAAUACGGCAUUACACUCAGACUGAUCAUUAUUGUGACUGCAACUGGUCAGCUUGUGGAACUUCCGAAAUACAUUUUGAACAGUCGACGCAUUGACAAUCGCCAAUUGAAACAAGAGGAUAUUUUAGGUGACUAUGGUAUGACUCCAUACGAACCGGUCAUUGCGAAAAAUUCUUACCUGGUACUUAAUCACAAGAUUCCUUUGAACGUGAUUACAACUAACCACUCACUUGUUAUUAAGCCUACAAAUUAUGAGUCCUCACUGGUAUUUUGUUAUGCUAACGAGCAGAAUAUAUUUUGUGGGUUGACUCAGCCACUGGCUUCUUUCGAUUUACUUGGAUAUCGUUUUGACAAGCAAAAGCUAGUGGCAACGAUAGUCGUAAUUCUUAUUGCUUAUGUUGGCGUGAAGCCUUUUGUUGCAAACAAGAAGCUUAACCAAAAUUGGGUCGAUAAGCGAGCUUAA